AUGACGUUCGAAAUGACUAGCUUUCCACAAAGUGCCAUGAGCGAAACAAUGACGACAGUUGGGUCGCAGAUGAUCAAAGGAUCAAAGAAUGACAGGGAUCUGUCCAUCAGUGUGACUACUUUCUACAUGAAAUACGUCGGCUAUUGGCUGGCGGCUAAUUAUGCCGAGAAACGUUGGAGCCACAUCGCCAUGUGCUAUACGAACUUCAUUAUCCUGUUCUCCAUGUGGACCGAGAUCAGAGCUUUGUUCUUCUGCUGGGACGAUUUGAAUGACAGAAUGUACGUCAUGUGCAACAUCGGAACUGUCGGUCUAGUGACAGUGAAACUCUUGGCUUUAUUAGUGUAUAUCGAGGAGCUGCACGAUCUGAUCAAUUACGCGCAAAAGAACUUUUGGCAAGGAAAUUAUGACUCAUACGAGCAGAAUAUCGUAAAUAAUUGUAAACGUACCUUCGUGUUCGUGUGCACCUUCACUUUCUUUGCUCAGGGAACAGCGAUUUCUUAUCCGUUAGGACCACUCGAAACUGAUCCACGUUCAAGACGCAUUAGUUUCUCAUUUCACAUAUCCGUUUGCAUGUGUCAAUUGCUAAUGUUCACAUACAGCUGCAACUGUUUGAUAAGGGACAGUAUGGACGUGUCCAACGCCGUGUAUAAAAGUGCGUGGUCCCUGUUACCAAUGGACAAGUAUGGAAAAAUGUUAAGAGGAGACUUGAUACUCGUUGCCAUGAGGUCUCAGACACCGUGUUGUUUGACGGCUAAUGGAUUCUUCAUAGUAUCUUUGGAAACAUAUACUAAUAUUCUGAGUACCGCGGUAUCAUACUUUACGUUGCUGAGGAACAGCACAGAGGUCACAUAA